AUGAUGCUGAACUCGGACCCCCCCUCCCUCUCCGUCGCCCCGUCCCACCCCGACCCCGCUCCCUCCCCGGCUGCCGGUGCCGCUGCCGGUGCGGAGCCUGUGACCCGUGCGGAGCCGCUGCCCCGUGCGGAGCCGCUGCCCCGGGCGGAGCCGCUGCCCCGGGCGGAGCCGCUGCCCCGGGCGGAGCCGCUGCCCCGGGCGGAGCCGCUGAGCCGCGAGGAGCGGCGGCGCCGGCGCCGGGCCACGGCCAAGUACCGCACGGCGCACGCCACGCGGGAGCGCAUCCGCGUCGAGGCGUUCAACGUGGCCUUCGCGGAGCUGCGGCGCCUGCUGCCCACGCUGCCCCCCGACAAGAAACUGUCCAAGAUCGAGAUCCUGCGCCUGGCCAUCUGCUACAUCUCCUACCUGAACCACGUCCUGGACGUCUGACCUGUCCGUGUGUCCGUCCCUGCUGCCCACGCUGCCCCAGCCAGGAUCGAGAUCCUGCGCCUGGCCAUCUGCUACAUCUCCUACCUGAACCACGUCCUGGACGUCUGACCUGUCCGUCUGUCCAUCCAUGUUUCCAUCCCCGCUGCCUCCCAACAAGAA